AUGGCCGCUGCUACACGACGCUCCUCGCGACUCAACGGCGGCGGUUCAGGGGGAGGGGCAAAGCCUCAGGCAGAGGCGAUGCCCCCGCCGCCAGCACCGCCGCCGCAAUCGCAAUCGCAAUCGCAGCAGAACAGACGCAAGAGAAAGGCGGCGGCGGCGCCAGAUGGCGAGGUGCCGCAGGCUGCUCAGGCCCCCGCCACGCCGCCGAGGAAGCGCACGCAGGCGAUGCAUGCACCUCCUCCGCUGACACCGACUCCAAGUGCAGUCAAGGUGAUUGCUGAGCCGGCCGAUGGGCCGACCAAGGCGCGCAAUGCUACGGUCACGCGGCUGGCCGACCCGAGGACGACCAAUGCCACGCUGCUAUCGCCCGAGACGUCGCGAUUGGUGACAUCCCGCGACAUCGAAUCCAUCUCGCCGUCUAAAGCACCCGCGUCUCGUACGACGACACAGACGCUCCUGCAAGAGGCAUGCGAGCAUCUCAUCAAGGUCGACGUGCGGCUGAAGCCGUUGAUCGAGAAGAACCACUGCAGGGUCUUCUCGCCCGAAGGACUCGCCGAGAGGAUCGACCCCUUCGAGAGCUUGUCGAGCGGCAUCAUCUCGCAACAAGUGUCCGGGGCCGCCGCCAAGUCCAUCAAGGCCAAGUUCGUCGCCCUCUUUGACCGGGGAGACGGCGCGACUGGCCGAUUCCCUCACCCGUCCGAGGUGGCCAAGUGUUCCAUCGAGAAGCUCCGCACGGCCGGGCUGUCGCAGCGCAAGGCCGAGUACAUCCAGGGCCUGGCAGAGAAGUUCGCGGCCGGGGAGCUCAGCGCGCAGAUCCUACACGACGCGCCGUACGACGAACUGGUGGAGAAGCUCAUCGCGGUCCGCGGGCUCGGGCGGUGGUCGGUCGAGAUGUUUGCGUGCUUCGGGCUCAAGCGCAUGGAUGUCUUCUCGGUGGGGGACCUGGGCGUGCAGCGAGGCAUGGCGGCCUUUGUCGGGAGGGACGUGGCCAAGCUCAAGUCCAAAGGCGGCAAGUGGAAGUACAUGUCGGAGCAAGACAUGCUGGACCUGUCGGCCAAGUUCGCGCCGUAUCGCAGUCUGUUUAUGUGGUUGAUGUGGCGGGUAGAGGAGACUGAUGUCAGCACCAUGGAAUAG